UUGGUUGCUAUCCGGCAAUAAAAGCGUAAAGAAGAAGGCGCACGGCGUUAGUUUGUCGUUGCAUUUUACUGGCAGCGAUUGUUACGUGCACAUUUCUUGUCGAAGAACCUCGGCUAGCCAGAGUUAUAGUUAUAGAAAGUAGGGUUUGGCGGUCUAAAAUCGUGCGCUAGGUUAUUGUAGAAAAUAGUUUAUUUACCGUGACUAUUGAAGGUUUCAUAUCGCGUUUUAAUGGCGUUGUAGUCGGAAGCAUCUAUUGUGUAAGAAAGCUAACGUUAGCGGCUAAUUUCCCGCAUUGUUGAAUCGACAGCGUGGGAUCCUCGCAUUAUGGCCAACAACACUGUCGCCGCGAACCAACAGCAACCACAGGCCGUGAGCAGGAUUGGCCCUAACGCUGGAAAACAUGGCAACAACUUGCCUCUCUGGGGCAACGAAAAGACUAUGAACUUGAACCCUAUGGUCCUCACCAACGUUCUCUCGUCUCCAUAUUUCAAAGUGCAGCUGUAUGAAUUGAAAACCUACCAUGAGGUGGUGGAUGAGAUCUAUUUCAAGGUUACUCAUGUUGAGCCCUGGGAGAAAGGAAGUAGGAAGACUGCUGGACAGACUGGAAUGUGCGGAGGGGUGCGGGGAGUCGGGACCGGUGGCAUUGUGUCCACAGCCUUCUGCCUGCUGUAUAAACUGUUUACCAUCAAGAUGACCCGUAAACAGGUGAUGGGACUGAUCACUCACAACGACUCACCCUACAUCAGAGCACUUGGCUUUAUGUACAUAAGAUACACCCAGCCCCCUGCAGACCUGGUGGACUGGUAUGAUGGUUUCCUGGAUGAUGAGGAGGAGCUGGAUGUGAAGGCCGGAGGUGGCUGCGUUAUGACAAUCGGAGAGAUGGUCCGGUCGUUCCUCACCAAGCUGGAGUGGUUCUCCACUCUCUUUCCACGCAUCCCGGUGCCCGUGCAGAAGCUGAUCGACACGCAGAUGAAGGCAAGGCCCCGGAAGGUUCCUGAGAAGGUAGAGGAGCCUGAGGAACCACCGGCGGAGGGCCGUAGACGCUCCAGGAGCCCCAGACCUACCCCGAGCCCCAGGAGGACUCCCAAACGGUCGAGGAGCCGGAGCCACCACCGCGAACGAGAGCGCCACGGCCCCAGCUUCGACCGCGAGCUGGAGAGGGAACGCGACCGCCAGAGGAAAGAGCGGGACUCUGGGGACGGGAAAGGAGAAGAGAGGGAGAGGCGUCGGUCCCGCAGCGCAGACCGUACCCAGGAGCGCCGGGAACGUCGCAGGAGCCGCAGCGGGAGCCGGGAACGCAAGGGAGAGCAGAAAGACAGGGAGAAAGAUGGGCAGGGGUGCGUGGAGAAUGACAGGAGGAAGGACAGGGAGUACCAUAAAGAUGGGGGCAGCGAGAGGGAGCGGUCCAAGGACCAGAGGAGCAGGGGAGAGGUGGAGGACAGGAGACAAAAAGAAGAGAGAGAUGAGAGGAGGGGUCACAGGGAGGAGAGGAAGGCCAAGCGCUCCAGUCGGAGUGCAAGCAGGGAAAGGAGACACAAGAAGUCCAUAAAGCGACAAGUCCAAGAAGAGAACAGAGGCGGGGCUGAGGUAGGGGAGGAGAAGGAGAAGAGCAGGAAGAAGCAGUGCAGUCGGGAGGGGGAGCAGCGCUCUCACAAACACAGCCGCAGUAAAGAGCGGAGCCAUCGGCCACGUGAGCCCAGCAACGGGAGAGACCACGGGAAACACAGGGAGUGUAAAAUGAGCCAGAGCACAGAGCGUUGAGUGAACUCGUGCUGAGCCCGCCUAGCGCUGAGCCCGCCUAGCGCAAUUCACAACUUUCCCGCCAUCCUUUCUCUUCCUUACAUUUCUUUUUACUUGAUCAUGUAUUCUGUCACUUGUUUUAAAACAACAAAAAGCACCUGGACUUGUCUUUGGUCAUCGUAACUUUGUGUAGAUCUUUCUCUCUGCCUUAUCAUCCCUUUCUAGACCAGCGUUACUCUUCUCUACUGUAGUAAUUUCAGUCUAUGGUACUUUGUUGUUGUCUGGAAAGUUCCAAAUUGCUUUGUACAUAUGGAUCUGAGAAUGUUUUAAAUCCUACAGAGCAGCCUCCCACGGGGAGUUUGUACUCCGCAGCGAGCCGUGCUGUAUUUGGCAUUUUGUUUUCUAAUAAAACUACUUUUAUGAAA